CCACUUGUACUUUCACGCCCUCACAACAAUCCAAGAUGCAGCUCUCCAUCGUUACUCUUCUCUCCUUGGCCGCUGGGCUCGCCUACGCAGACCUCCACAAAGCAGCAGUCUGUGUUUCGGAUAGAAAGUCAUCUCCCGUUGGGGGUACUGCAUGGAGCGUCAGCUAUAACUGGCAAACGAGCUAUGAGAUUCUCCCAGAUGCCACAAAGUGUGCGUGCGAAAAUCGCAACACCGGCAACAAACAAUGGGACCAGUGCCCGGAUUGCACUUUUGACGGGUUGGCUUGUAACUCUGCUAAUAAGCACAUUGGUGGUGACGAGAUGAAUUAUUACUGUACAAAGCAGUGUGGCGCUCAGGGAUCCGAGGCGGACUAGGCCAGUGCAGGUUUUUACAGGCGGCAUGGAAGGUGAGCCUAGACCAGCGAGGCUCAAGAACUGCAGCUCACGCGACGUGGCGUUGGAUCUGAAAUACUGAUGCUGAUUUGAGGAGGCGCGCGGGUUGUCAAGAUGAGUGAGAUUCGAAUAGAUAGGUGACCGUAGAAAAUGAC